UCUCGCUUUACGGCAGAGAACUUGUUUCGCUUUUGGACAGCGCAGCUCCCUGUGCGGCGGGGCGUGUGUGGUGAGCGGCCGUGGGAAAGGUACCCGAGUCUCCUCCGGGCUGCCUGUCCUCGUUCGGAAGGUCUCCGGAACGUCGAGUCUGACGCCGGGCGUUUCUCUGCGGUGGACGUUUGCUCUGCGGCGAUGCGCAUUGGAUUGCCCAGUGCAGAGACAUUGCAAGGGGGAUCAUUGAGAGCAGUGAUUGUGACGGUGCUUCUUGGUGUGUUGAUGCUCCAGCUGUUGAGGACUGUGGGAUUAAGAGCGUUUUCCAUGGCAUCGGAGACAUACACGUCAGGCACCCACUCUGCAGCCUUCGUCACCUGUCCUAAUGACGCAGUGGCCAAAGACCUCGCCAGGGGCAUUGUGGAGAAAAAGCUGGCUGCGUGUGUCAACAUUGUACCCGCCAUCAAAUCUGUAUAUGAAUGGCAGGGAAAAAUUGAAGAGGACAGUGAGGUGCUUCUGAUGAUCAAGACCAGAAGUUCAAAAGUGCCUGCCCUUGCUGAAUAUGUCCGGUCUAACCAUCCUUACGAAGUGGCUGAGGUCAUUAGUCUGCCUAUCGACCAGGGCAACCCCCCUUACCUCAAAUGGAUAGGAGACGUCGUUCCUGAAUGAGGCGAGACAAGGCGGGUGGGCCGUCAGGCCGAUAAGAUUAAUAAAUCAACACAAACCAUACAGUUUCAGUUACAUUUCACCACACAUUCAAAACCCACACCCAUUCCAUCAAAAGUGAACACAUCCUCAGUGUUAUACUGUUCUGAUGGGCACUCCCGCAGACCCUUUUUUUUUUUUGCCCUAUCAAAAUACCCAAGUCCCAAAGUGUCAUGUUUGUCAGACUGAUUUAAAAUGAAAGAAACCUGUUUGUAAUAUUCAAUUACGAACUAUUCAAGUAAUAUUCAUAGACAUAUUCGAAAAAAAUGUAAUGCUAAUUUUGUCUGUACAGCAUUUUAUCAAUUCCCCACCUCGUUUUGGCCUCUAGAGGGCAGCACCGAUCAGUCAAACUUCCUUUCAUCCGCACCAACAGCUGCUGUGAAAUGUUGGAGAAUGUCAUUAAAAAUUACGAGUUAAUAAAACUUUUUCUUGGUCAAAAA